UACUAUAUAAUGCCAAAGAUCUCAGUUCUUAACCACCGAACUCCACCACCAAGAAUGGAUCAACAAUUCACCAUUUUCGAUUGUAUGCAUGAUGAAUCCACCGCCGCCGCCACCAUUACCACCACCACCACCUCCUCUCCAUAUUUCUUCUCCAGAGCCGAACCCAGUACAACUGAUCAUAACAAAAUGAAAAGAAUAAACAAGAUUUCCACAAGAAUUAACCAUGGCGAAAGGAAUGAUCACCCCACAUUCCGUGGAGUUCGGAGACGAAGCUGGGGCAAAUGGGUCUCCGAAAUCCGGGAGCCCAGAAAGAAAUCAAGAAUCUGGCUGGGAACCUUCGCCACCGCGGAAAUGGCGGCCCGAGCCCACGACGCUGCCGCCAUUGCAAUCAAAGGCCGCUCUGCUUUCCUCAACUUCCCUGAGCUGGCCCAGCAGCUACCCCGUCCCGCCUCCAACUCCCCGAAAGACGUCCAGGCUGCUGCAACCAAGGCGGCUGAGCUGAUGGUUUCCGCUGCCGAGCACGGCAGCGACAGAAAUGCUCAUAUGUCUCCUAUAUCUUCGACCUGCUCAGCUGAUAAUGACAACAUUGACGAUGCUUUUCUUGGUCUGCCGGAUCUUUUCUUGGGCAUCAGCGGCCACUACCAGCUUGAUGGGUGGUUCUGCACGGCGGCAGCGGGGGCACCGUUGCUGCAGGUGGCUGGUGGUGAAGCGUUUCAUGGUGAAUUCUCGCCGGAAGACUUCGUACCUUGGGAUUGCAGCUGAAUACGUCGGCAUUUCAAUCAGUUACGUUAUUGUUUACAAAUUAGGCAAUUAAAAAAGAAAUCAUAGUUUUAUAGUAAUAGUACCCUUCUUCAGUUAUAUUUACCGCAUUUAAUGCAAUUUAUUCAUGUAAUAUCGUAAAUGAGU